GUCAUUUGCUCGUUUCAAUUUUAAGUAUAGGCUGUACGAGGUGAAUAACUUACCAUAACAUGGCAGACGUGGUUCAAGAUGUCGUGGCAAAUAUUACUGAGAAGUUGACUGAAAGUAGUGCAAAUGCAACGGCGAAAAUACCUGCAACGCCUGAGGGGAUGGCUGUUGCUUAUAGUAGUUUGGUUAUAAUGGCUCUCCUUCCAAUAUUUUUCGGGUCAUUCAGAUCAGUAAAACACCAUAAGGAACAGACUGAGUCAGGAGAAACCCCUGAAACGAUGUCCCAUAAAGAUGCGGCCAUGUUUCCACUAAUAGCAAGUGCCGCUCUGUUUGGAUUAUAUAUAUUUUUUAAGCUAUUUUCAAAGGAGUACAUCAAUCUAUUACUCACAGGAUAUUUUUUCUUCCUAGGAAUCUUUGCUCUUUGCCACCUUAUGAGCCCUCUGAUAAGCUCGCUGGUGCCAGCAGCCAUUCCCAACGUCCCGUUCCAUCUGAGGUUCACUAAGGGCGAAGGUGACGGUAAAGAAUACCUGGUAGACUACAAGUUUACAUCCCAUGAUCUAGUCUGUCUUGCCUGCUGUUCUGUCAUCGGGGCCUGGUACAUCAUGAAAAAGCACUGGAUAGCUAACAACCUGUUUGGCAUUGCGUUCGCCAUCAACGGUGUGGAGUUGCUGCAUCUCAACAAGGUCGUGACUGGUUGUAUCCUGCUCUGCGGACUGUUUGUCUACGACAUCUUCUGGGUGUUUGGCACCAACGUGAUGGUGACUGUGGCAAAGUCCUUCGAGGCACCCAUCAAAUUGGUGUUCCCCCAAGACCUGUUGGAGAAGGGAGUCGCUGCGAACAACUUUGCGAUGCUUGGUCUGGGAGAUAUUGUUGUACCUGGAAUAUUUAUUGCUCUUCUCCUCAGAUUUGAUCUCAGCCUGAACCGCAACUCCAAGUUCUACUUCUACUCGACGUUCGUGGCUUACUUCCUCGGCCUAGUGGCCACCAUAUUUGUGAUGCACAUGUUCAAACACGCUCAGCCGGCGCUGUUGUAUCUUGUCCCAGCAUGUCUGGGCACGCCGUUGUCCCUGGCGCUCAUCAAAGGAGACAUUGGGGCGAUGUUCCAGUAUGAAGACCAUCCAGAGAAGAAAGAAGAAAAGGAAACCACAACUGCUGCCAAAACUACAACUACAACCAAAUCUUCCUCUAAGGCCAAGAAAGAAAAGUAAAACCUCUCAGUAUUCUCUUAAUCUUCGGCUUGCUCACUCGCGCACACCUUGUGUACUUAAAUUGCCGGUAUUUAAGCUGUCACAAGAAAAUUUGAAAUUUAAUUUCAAUUCGGUUUUCCAUGUUUUCUGGUAAUAAUUUAAUUUUGACUAUCAUGACAUUUGUAUCUUCGGAUACUUAGAAAGACAUAACUUCUGUUUUUUUCCUACUCUUUGUUGCAUAAAUGGAAGAACUUUUCAGAAAAUUUGUGAAUUUUUUAAAUAAAAUUUUUUAAAUUAUUUUGUAUUUAUUAAAUUAUUUGUUAAAAUUAGUUAUACUUUGGAACAACAUGAUUUGUAGCUUGUAUCUUACAUUCCAUUAGGUUAAGUUUGAUAGUGGGCAGUGAAAGUAUUAAAAUAACUAAUAGUCACUUUUUUACAGCUAGGUUUGUGAAGAAGUCUUUUUAGUGCACUUUUGAAAAUGGUACUCUAGAUCUAGUACUUCAUUCAGUUUUAUUCAUAAAUAUUUAAGAAUCGAAAUCUUUUGAUCAACUUUUUUUUCCUUUUUGUGCUGUGUUAAGAAAAUUUAGGGAACUUAAAGUCUGAUUUGUGGCUACACCAGAAGUAAUUGAUUUUAUAUGAAAACACUAAUUGUUUGUUUAGUUUUGGGGUUGUGUUUUUGUAGAACAUGUACAGCAUUUAUUAUUGAAAUAUAAGAUAGUACGUUGCAUAGCGUAAGAUGAUCUGCCGAACCUUUGAUAGCUAUCUAUAUUUUUCUCUAAGAUGUAAAUGCGAAGCUAUGUAAUUGUACAUAAAGUAUUUUAUAAUUUUGUUGAAUUUGAUUGUAAUAAAUGAUUUAUUCCAGGUCA